CAAAAUGGCUUCCAGAAAUCACGUGACCAGGAAGCCCUAGGACUUUGCGGGUUGCAUCGGCCAUCUGGAGAUCCCGGUAGAUGGCAACAGAGGUCUGGUAACGAAAAACUUAAACUCAACAUUUUUCAAAGUGGCAGGUCUUCCAUUUCCUGUCGGCCAGCUUCUGGCUAGGAUGUGCGAUUGAUAAUCUGCCCCAGAGCAUUUACAGUCAGCAACGAGAGCAGUCCAUUAGAAUCAAUUCCAGUAUGGCAGAGCCGGCAGGACAUGGCAGUCCCUGGUACAGUCACCCAUUGUACGCCAGGUACUGGAGCCACUACCAGCAAGCAGCACACUGGCAACACAAGCACUGGCAGGCCUACAGGAAGGCGCUGGAGGCUGCUUACUGUGUGCCAUACCGUGCUGAGGGCGCUGCUGUGGCUCGUCGACACUCCAGUGGGAGCGAACGGGAAAGCGCUGGUCCAGAAGCCUGUCCCCGUUUUCCCAGUGGGGGGAAAAGAGGGCCAUCUGCGUCACGGAGGGCCGCGGGCACGAAGCGUGUGAGGUGCUCCCGAGACGGCGAGGAGAACUCCAGCUCGGAUGGCGAAGUUGAGUGCGAUGUCAGCAACAUGGAGAUCACGGAGGAGCUGCGGCAGUACUUUGCCGAGACCGAGAGGCACCGGGAGGAACGCAGGAAACAGCAGCAGCUGGAAGAGGAGCAACAGAGUGCUUACGUGCCUGCUGACCAUGACCUCUACAGAGUGGCGAGGCGCAGUGCUCAGCCCCCCAGAGACCAGCCGGGUGUGAGAAGGGGAAUCGAGAUGAAGAUGCUCUAUGGGGAAGAUGCUGCUAAAAUCCAGGGCAUGGAGACUGCCAUGCAGCUUACCUUCGACAGGAACUGCGACUUGAAGCAGCCAAAAUAUUGGCCUGUCAUUCCUCUUAAACUCUGAAGCCAACAGCCCUGGAGUAAAUCACCUCUGUGCAUACCUGCCAUCUGUGGGAUUAUGACUGAUUGCCUCCAAGUCCCCUAAAAGGUGGAAAGUAUCAGCUGGCAUUAACAGUGUCUUUGUUGGCUAAAUAUUGUAAAAAAAAAAGGCUUCCUUGUUUGCUAGCUGUGUAACAGUUAGCUGCCUUCAGUGCUUUUAACCAAAGCAAAAUAAACUCAAAACGUUGCGAAGCCCUGCUUUAAAAAAAGUAACAGUCAAUUCUAUAAGAUGUCUACCCAUUUCAUAUAAAUUCACCGAAGAACAACUUAAAAAUUACUGUAUGCAUAUGUGAAAAUGAGGAGACUUUUUAAAGGAAAUAAAAGUAUUUGUUAUUAGCUAUUGUUUGAUUCAGUUUAAGUCUUGUUUUAUUAUGGUUUUCUUAAGUGUAACCAGCUUUGUAAAUUGCAUCACCAAAAUUAUGUGGUACUUGUUUUGUGUUUUCAGCCAAUAAUAAUGAACAUGCAGGGGUGUAAAAUGUCUGAAGCCAGUUUGUGGUGCCACACAAUACGACACAUAUGCCAUAUGUUACCCUGGUUAAAUUCAAGGUUGUGACCUUUCCAGAGGGCACGUCUAGACAUUUAAAUGAGACCCCAAAAGGUCAAUCUGUUGCUCAUGAUGUUUGCACUUGUCAAGUCUGAGUUAUGGGACCAGGAAGCCUGAUUGUUGUACUGGUUUUGUAGCUGAGUGUCCUAACACCUCUGGUAUGUGUUGAUCAGAGCACAUGACAAAAACUCUAUCUGAUAAGGAAAUAUUAAGAAAUAUGUCUGCUCUUAAUGAGACUUGAUUCUUCGUUCCACAAUCUACAAACAAUUACCCCAGGAAGAUAAGGUAAACCUGCUUUUCUUAUGUUAUGGUUCUUUACCACUUAAUUUAAAGAAAGCUUGACUUUGCUAUAGACUGUCUUGGUGUGCAAGAAAAUGGCAAGCUCUGAUGUUAUUAGGUUGUGAAACAAUACCUUUUCUCUUGUUUAUGAAACAUUACACAAUAAUAGAAUCUUGCAUUCCUAAAGGAUUUGGUAUGCUGUAAUAAAUCAGGUUUUAUAGAAGAAACAUCGUAACAAAAUUAAUAGAGACCAAUCAAUCCUUUUUUGUCCUGCUGCUCUUAAGCUUCAUAAACUUGUACAAAAUGUGUGUACAGUAUAAACUGUUAAUGCAAAGGUAAAAAUGAUUUAGUCAUUAAUCAUUUUAAUAUAAUUGGGUUAUAUAGCCCUGUAUUACAGAGUUUUGGGAGCUGUAUAUUCAUAAUCAGUAUUUUUUUAAGCAUUACAAAACAAGGUUGAUUUAUAUUGCUGUUACAUUGUAAACGUGAGUAUUGUAUAAUACAGUGCAUUACAGUGCUUCCCAAUGGCUGCAUCUUCACCUAUGAAACUAAUGCCAUUGAAAGCUAGAACAUCUUGCGUUGAAAACAAAGGACUGGACCAUUCAACUAUUCAUCUAGUCCUCUCCUUCCUUUACUGGAUAUGUGAAUUUCAUCAACAUGACCGUGUUUUCUGGUUUUCUGAAUUCACCUUAUUGCAUUCACUGUCCUGUUCCUUAGGUGAUAGAAUUGGCAUCUUAUACAUUAACAAAAAAAAAUCUCUUUUCUUUGGAAGAAAGACUUUUUUGUAAGGACCAUAAGUUUUAUCCAACUUUCAGUGAAGAUUUUGGAAAAAUAAUCAUUUUUAAAAAAACCCAAUUUGUAGGAGGAUCCCUCAACCUAAUGAUUCCACAUGGCAGCAGUUUCCCUUUCAAACCUGCUACUUCUGCUCCUCCCUAUAGAAACCCUCUGCUUCAGCAGUCAGUGCAGACAGUUUGGGUGGCAGUAAUAUUAAAUAUUUAUGCCCACAAUGCAUUUCCAAGCCCACUGUUAGACACAGUAUUACAAAUCUGGCAUAGAAAAGGCAUUAGAGCUCUUAAAGAUCAAUAACUGCUUUGCAUCUUUCUCACAUUCAAAUAACAUUCUGUCCAUUAUCUGUAUUUACUGUACGUGAUAUACUGUACAAUAUAUGCAAUAAAGCCACAAACUGAUUCCCUG